AUGAGUAAUUAUGAUUUUUCAGUUUUGAUUCUUCUGAUCAACUGCGCGCUGGGAGCAACCGAAGCCGAAGUAUUCUUGGACAGUGGAGGUCAAUUGUCGAUUAGCUGCGACUUUGACGGGGUCUAUCUCGACCUUCGGCGCGUUGAUGAGCGCGGCCGAGAGUCGACGCUGCUCACAAUGACGCCGGAGCCGUUUUAUGUCGAGUCCGGUUGGAAUAUUGAUGACAGAGUUGCGGACCGCUUACGCCUUCGGAAAGAUAACACAGCUGCGUCGGACAAGGGCACUUACAUUUGCACGAAUAGGCAGCGCAGAACACAAACAACAUAUGUCACCAUCUACGUUGCUCCUGAAGUCGAGUUCAAGCAUUAUGGUGAAAUCGAAACGAGAAAAGGCUCAAAAAUCAAGAUCGCUACUUGUACUGCCAAAAACAGUCAUCCUGCUGCGGAGAUACAGUGGCGUGACCGCGAUGGAAAUAUUUUCGACGGCGUGAUGGAGAGCUCUUCUACUGCUGAAAAUGGAUUAUCUUCUGUCAUAAACACGCUUGAGCUCAUUGCCGAAAAAUCCCUCUCCGGCGCAAGUUUCGAAUGUUUGGUCCGCCAUCGCUCUAGAACUGUUUCCGGCCCUCAUUCGGGUCAAUUCUCCCCCGAGAUAAAGGUCACGUGGGAGCCAAGCUCGCCGAAGAUCAGUGAAAUUUUACCCUCGAUGGAGGAUGCCUCCGCCAGCGCGGAUAAAAAGACUUUCGAGUGUGUUUCUUCCGGCUCUCCGGAAGUCAGUUACACUUGGAGAUUGUUUAACCCAAACAAGACGGACAUCGAUACAUCACACUGGAAAAUAACAGGCAACAGAAUUUCAACCGAAGAAGUGAAGCUCACUGACAGUGGACUGAACAUCGAGUGCGUAGCUGAAAAUAGCCUGGGGCGCGUUUCGAGUGUUACAUUGCUUGAUAUUUCUACAAAUUGGCUCACUCUCAUAAGCACCAGCCGCAUAACGAUGGUCGUUCUCCUCGUUGUCUCCCUGACGGUUUUACUCUGCUUGUCGAUUUUGCUCUUCAGAUGCGCGAAAAGUCAUAGAACUGUGGUAUAUAAAACUGGAACCCAAAGCGGCCCUGGACGAGAAGAUCAAGUUUGA